AUGUCUAAUACAUCAAGAGAAAAAAUUUAUGGUGUUGAUGAAUCUGAACGUAAUGCACGUUUAUUACGCAUUAAAGUUUUACAAGCCACUGAUUUACAACGACGAGAUUCUUUUGAUGGAUCAGGAGAUCCAUAUAUACAAAUUUUACUUCAAUCUCGUGAAAAUCAAAAUCAAACAAUUGAUACAGCACGUACACGUACUGUAUCCAAAACACUUAAUCCGCUAUGGAAUCAAGAUUUUAUUUUUCGAGUAAAUAAGACUUUCAAGAAAAAGAAAGCACUUACUUAUCUUUUGACUUGUCAGGUUGACCCAACUAAACACCGUCUUGUAUUCAAAAUAUAUUGUCAAAAUCCAUGUAGUAAGGAUGAAUUUCUUGGUAUGUUUUUCGUUAAGCUCAAUAUAAAUAUUCCGUAUGAAUCAGCUGAACAAGCGAUGUUAACAAAAGAUUAUCCAUUAUUCAAACAAAGUGUUCCUCAACAUGUUUGUGGUACUGCAACAAUAGAGUUAUGUUAUGUUAAUCCAACGACCUUCUCAACACGGACUGGUUCAAUAGAAAAUGGAGGCAUACAACGUAAUGAUUCUGGACUUGAGGCAAUUCAGCAUGAUAAUACAACUGAAUCAAUAGCUGCAGCUACUCAAACACCAUUGCCACCAGGAUGGGAAGAACGAAAAGAUGCUAGUGGUCGCACUUAUUAUGUUGAUCACAAUACUCGUACAACAACUUGGAAUCGUCCCAAUGAACGAAAUGCUGCUGCACCCGAACGACCACAACCGCAAAUUGGUGAUGGACAUCAAAGUGGUGAUCGGCAUCAAAUUGAUGAUGGGGAAACUAAUAAUACUAAAGCGAAACCAUCGGCGAGUCCAGCAGCAGCUUCACACGAUGCAACAGAUAGUGCUUCAUCGAAUAAUCGUGGCCCAUUACCACUCGGAUGGCAAACGUUUAAAACAGAAAAUGAUCGCCCAGGGCGAAACUGA